GCCCUUUUCAAACACAAACACAAACACUAGGGUUUUUCAGAACCGUAUCAAUGGCGACGAACAGCGAAGAAGACAAGGCAUCGAAGACGAAGGAAGGGACGAGCCUAUUGGGCGCACCGAGCUUCACAAAGCUCGAUAAUGGCCGAUUCAAGUGCGUGGAGACCGGUCACGAAAUGCUCGCCAAAGACAAGGACUCCUACUCUAACUCAAAACGGUGCCGUUUGGGUCUCAUCGACUUUGCUUUGUCCAAAAACAAGCCCCCUCUCAAUAUCUUCAAGCAUGACCCUCUCUCUCGCUCAAAGUUGAUAUGUAAGCUGACAGGAGAUACCAUUAAUAAGUCUGAGGAACAUAUAUGGAAGCACAUCAAUGGGAAACGAUUCCUCAAUAAACUAGAGGAAAGGGAAACAGGGAAGUCAACCUCUAAUGGAACAGUAGAAGAGAAAGUUGAGCAGAAGCCCAAAAUGGCUUCAAAGCAAAGUACAGAUGGUUUGAAGAAGAAGAAGCAGAAGGAGAAGAAGAAAAAGAAGAAGAAGAAGGAGAAGGAGAAGGAGAAGGAGAAGGAGAAGGAAGUUGAAGAGAUUAUCUCUGAAGUUAGAAAUAUGUCUGAUAAUGACAGUGAUGCAGAAGAAGAUGAUUUCUGGAUGCCUCCAGUGGGAGAUCGUUGGGAUUUUGAUGAUGGAGGAGAUCGAUGGGGUUCUGGUUCAGAGUCAGGGCAGGAAAGUGAUGAGGUUAAUGAAACAGAUGAUCCAGCUGAAGAGGGCGAGCAGGAGACAGAAGAAGGCAUAUCAUUAUUAUCAGAUGGUCCAGCUGAAGAGGUUGAGCAGGAGACAGAAGAACUCUCUACACGUACAAAAAGAAUGUCCGUAGAAAUUGGACCCAGUAGUUUUGCUUCAAGGAAGAAGAAGAGUAAGAAGAAUCACACAAAUUAAUCUUUAUUCAACAGAAUUUAGGUGCCAGUAAUUCGUUGCAAAAUGAAGUUUUUCCCCUUGUAGUCAAUUAAAUUAACUUCGUUCAGUAGCUUGUAUGAAGAUAAUAAAAAUAAUUACUCUAUACUCUAAAAUUUUGUUAGCAUUAUAUUAAAUGGAGGUACUGUUAAUUGUGCA